AUGGCUGCAUUAGCCAUGAGAGGAUCUUGGAUCAACAUAGAAGAUCUCCAAAACUUCUUCCUCUAUAUUCAGAACAACCUCGAAACCAUAACCCUUCUUUCAUUUCCUCUGCUUUUCGUUUUAGCCAUCUACAUGUUUACCCGACCCAAACCCGUUUAUCUCGUGGACUUCUCUUGUUACCUCCCACCGUCACAUCUAAAGUUUAGUGUCGAAGAGCUCAUGGAACAAGCGAGACGUGUAAGAGAAGCAGGCAUGUGUUGGAACAACAAAGAAAACGAACAUUUGGUUGAGUUUCAGCGGAAGAUUCUUGAACGUUCUGGUCUUGGUCAAGAAACUGGCAUCCCCGAGGGUCUCCAGUGCUUUCCUCUUCGGCAAGACAUGGCGGCUUCUCGUAAAGAGACAGAGGAAGUCAUAUUCGGAGCUCUAGACAAUCUUUUUCGCAACACCGGUGUAAAACCUGCUGAGAUCGGUAUUUUGGUGGUGAAUUCUAGUACGUUUAACCCAACUCCAUCACUUGCUUCCAUGAUUGUGAACAAGUACAAACUCAGAGACAACAUCAAGAGUCUGAAUCUUGGAGGAAUGGGUUGCAGUGCUGGUGUUAUAGCCAUUGAUGUCGCAAAGGGAUUAUUACAAGUACAAAGGAACACUUAUGCCAUUGUAGUAAGCACAGAGAACAUCACUCAGAACUUGUACUUGGGGAAAAACAAAUCAAUGCUAGUCACAAACUGCUUGUUCCGGGUUGGUGGUGCAGCAAUUCUGCUUUCCAACAGAUCUAAAGACCGAGCACGCGCGAAAUACGAGCUUGCUCACACCGUAAGGAUCCAUACCGGAUCAGAUGAUAGGUCCUUCGAGUGUGCAACGCAAGAAGAAGAUGAAGAUGGUAUAAUCGGAGUUACCUUGACAAAGAAUCUUCCAAUGGUGGCUGCAAGGACUCUUAAAAUCAAUAUCGCAACUUUGGGUCCUCUUGUUCUUCCAAUGAAAGAAAAGCUUGCCUUCUUUGUGACUUUCCUCAAGAAGAAGUAUUACAACCCAAAGUUAAAGAAUUAUACACCAGAUUUCAAGCUUGCCUUUGAGCAUUUCUGUAUCCACGCUGGUGGAAGAGCUCUAAUAGAUGAGCUAGAGAAGAAUCUUACGUUGUCUCCCUUACACGUAGAAGCAUCAAGAAUGACACUACACAGGUUUGGUAAUACUUCUUCGAGCUCGAUUUGGUACGAGUUGGCUUAUACAGAAGCUAAAGGAAGGAUGAAGAAAGGUGACAGGAUUUGGCAGAUUGCUUUGGGAUCAGGUUUUAAGUGUAACAGUUCAGUUUGGGUGGCUCUGCGCAACGUUAAGCCUUCAAUUAACAAUCCAUGGGAAGGUUGUAUGGAUAGAUAUCCGGUUGAGAUCGAAAUUUAA